CUGUUGACAAUCGGAGAUUAUGGAAGCUGCUGGUCGGGAAGUAAACUAGCGUUCAAAAUAUAUGUAACGCGUAGUUUGAAGAGCAGUAUGGGAACAGUUUCGUUGUAGUUUCGACGACACCCUGACUCUCGGUACAACAGUUGAGCUAACGCUAGCUGGCUAAUGCUACUCCUCUUUCCAUGUGACUGACACGCCAGCGUUACACGAGGGGGCACACCACAGUACAGCACGACACAACACGCCGGAAGUGAGUAACUAACCGUAAUACUCACACCGACGUUAAAAUGCUCGUUUUACGGAUCUGACAUAAGUCACGUGAUGUUGUUUCGGUUCACUAACGCAGCUGUCUGUCCGUCGUCGUUGCGCCAACCUGCUCUGUAACGGCUCCUCCUCAUUUUUACACCUUCAGUGUCAUGGCACGGUCCGAGCGCGGACAUUGACAUGACUUUACCCCGGGCAUGACGGGUCACCCUGGAGGGCCAGCGCAAUGGAGGCACCGGAUAGAGCCAGCAACUUAAACGUUUCCCAUGAGUGGGGGGCAGACAUGGACUCCUCGCCCAGCAUGUCUAUUGACAAGCUCCUGCCGGCUCUGCUGGAGUGCUUCGGGAUCAUAUUAUGUGGGUACAUCGCAGGGAGGGCGAACAUCAUCACGCCCACGCAGGCCAAAGGAUUGGGGAGUUUUGUGUCCAAGUUUGCCCUCCCAGCGCUGCUGUUCAAGAAUAUGGUACUGCUGGACUUUGGUAAUGUCAUCUGGCCAUUCCUGUGGAGCAUCCUCAUUGCCAAAGUGACUGUGUUUGUCCUCGUCUGCGUCCUCACGCUGAUAGUUGCCAGUCCUGAUGGCCGCUAUAGUAAGGCUGGGCUUUUCUCAAUAUUUGCCACCCAAAGCAAUGACUUUGCCUUGGGAUAUCCCAUUGUUGAGGCCUUAUACCAGAGCACAUACCCAGAGUACCUCCAGUACAUCUACCUGGUUGCACCUGUGUCCCUGAUGCUUCUCAAUCCCAUUGGCUUUGCCUUCUGCGAGAUCCAGAAGUGGAAGAAUGGGUCAAAUCACCAGCAGAGAAAACUCUUGAUUGUGGGAAUCGUAGUCUUACAGGUGCUGAAGAACCCUAUCGUGUUCAUGGUUGUCAUCGGCAUCAUCGCCCACUUUGCCCUGCACCGGACAAUUCCUCCCUUCAUGGCUGCAUUUGUGGAUGGCUUGGCCAACUCUUUUGGGGGAGCAGCUCUGUUCUACUUGGGUCUGUCCAUGGUGGGACAGUUGGGGAAAUUAACCAGAUCCACAGUUGUGACACUGAUACUACUCAUCACAGCAAAACUGUUGCUGAUGCCGCUGAUUUGUAGGGAAAUGGUGGAUCUGUUGAACAACAGCAACACCAGCGCUUUGAACCACUCAAGCCUCUCCAAUUAUGCUUUUCUUUAUGGAGUGUUUCCCACUGCACCAAGUGUGGCCAUCUAUGCCAUCUAUUAUAAUGCAGAGCUAGAAGUUGUAACCUCUGGGAUGGUGAUCAGCACUUUUCUCUCGGCUCCCAUAAUGUAUGUUUCUGCGUGGUUACUUACAAUGCGUUGGAUGGAUCCUCAACUUUUGAUGAAUUCACUACAGAAUGUCAGCUUUAACAUUAGCAUAGUUACCUUGGUUGCACUGGUGUGGUCAAUUACUGUCAUGUUUUUAAGCAAGAAAUUCAAGCGGCUACCACACAUGUUUACAGCUAACCUUUUCUUGGCACAGUUGCUAACUUGUAUUGGGAUGAUCCUGUGGAACUUUGUGGUGAAAGAAGACAACUUUGUCGGGCAAGUCCUGACGUUCGCGUUAUUAUGCACCUCACUCUACAGCACCUUUGUUUGGCCAGGUUUAAUAGCACUGUCUCUCGCGCUCAUAAAAAGGUUUGAGGAUGUGAAAGUUUCACCAGCCGUGUUCGUAAUUGCUGGCUGGGGGAUUCCUGCCAUAGUAACUGCUGUGUUGCUCAUUUGUGGAGUAAAAUCAUCAGACACUAUUGACUCUGCGUUCUUUUACGGCAAACCACAGAUAAUCGGCACAACAGUCGUAGCUGCCUUCAGUAUACUACUGGGUGGGAGCUCUCUGGUGUGUCUCAGUAGAGGGAGCUGGACCCACAGUGACCAAAGCCAAGAGGGAAACUCUGCAGAGGAUCUAAUGACUGAGAUUGAACCAGACAACCAGACUCUGAUUGAGCCAAUCACCCCAUCAGGAGAUGUCAACACAGCGUGUUUCAUAUGUGACUGUCCACCACCCCAGGCCAUUCCUGACAUGAUCAACAGCACAAAUAUGAUCGACUCUCCAACCACACUCACAGGUCAAUGUGAGAAUUGCUGCGAGUCCUCAGACUGCCUGCUUGUCCAAGCAGAGGAGCGCAAACAGGUUGCAGAUAGACAAGAGGGCCGUCAUAUGCUCUUAUGCCUGCUUCUGACUGUCAGCUUGCUCGCUAACCUGUCCAGCUGCUUGUGGUUGCUCUUGGAUAACGUUCCUGGACGACUCUACUUGGAGCUGCAGUUCUUUUGUGCUGUGGCCAACUAUGGACAGGGUUUUCUCUCCUUUGCUCUGUUUGGGCUGGACAAACAUUUGAUUAUACUGCCAUUUAAGAAGAGGUUAUACAGUCUGUGGUGUAGAAAGAAGCAAGAAGAACAGCCGCAGAGUGAUUUACCUGAGGAAAUCAGGAUGACCUGCACCCAGUUCACCAAAUACCACAAGGACCAGUGUUUUCAAGACAUUGUCAAGAGGAGAAGGUGUGGGAAAAGGACUGCGGUGGACAGUUUUCUUGGCUGUGAACUUGUGCAGUGGCUCCAGCAGGUGGGUUUGGCUCAGGACCUCGGUGAGGCGGUGCUCUAUGGGACGCGGCUCCAGCAGGGCGGCGUGCUGCAGCACAUCAUGCAGGAACAUGGCUUCCAAGACAAUCGCCUUUAUUACCGCUUCAUGUCAUAAGACACAAGGGUCAAAGUCCACUUUUCUGAUUUUUUAACAAAUAUAAAGGGCAUUUGAAUAUAGAUAAAAAUGACAUCAAUACAACUUUAGGAUCAUCGCUGGCAUUUACGAAAAACACCUGCACCCAGACUGAACACUUUCAAACCUAUCGUGUUGAGUUGCAACAGUCAAUCGGGACAGGAACAGGAGCUGUCAGAUGAUCGUACAUGUACAGUGUACCCUGUUUAGCCUUUUUAACAUGUUAAAACCUUAAAGGGGAGUACCUGAAAUGGCAGUUUUAAUCUCUCAAUGGUUCGAAAAUGUACUACACAGCUAUUUAGUGCUGUAGAUUAGAAUUUAGUCAGGAAGUCAGUCUUGAAAUUCAAAGUGACGUCUACAACAGACGGUAAUCGUUUUGCCAUUUUCCCUGCUAGUUUAUUUACAGAUCAAAUAUUCUGCGUUCCUUGUGCUGUUUGACCCAGUUGUAUUGAUGUCACGGCAUCCGUUAAUCUGCAAUAAAGCUGGUGAAUAUAAUAUUAGCAUAGCUGAAUAGGACUGAUGGCCAAAAAUAACAGCCAUUCUCAAAGGGUGAGGCAAGACUUUGCUGCUUUUUGUAGGUAUUUUAAUUUCAAUAUAUGAUUUUAGUUUUAUUUUAUUUUGUGUCAAUUGGGGUGCGACAAUGCACAAAAAGAUCUCUUAUAAAGCUAAUUAUUGGUGCAGGCAAAAAUACCACUCUUCUGCUGAAUGUAUUGUUUUCUCUACUGGGAAACUUCAGAGUGUAUUAUCACUCUUCAACCAAAGCACCUUCCAAAACUAAAAGGGAAGCUGUGGUUAAAUCUGCAUCCAUUUAUUGUUUGUUUGUAGUCCGUCUUAUUCAUGAUUAACUGGUAAUAUUGCAAGAAGCAAGCGUAUUGUAGCUUUGACAGCCUGCAGUUUGACAUGACUUUGCACUGAUGUAGAAUAGUGGUGACACUGUUAACCAGGGCUAUGGCAGUGGUAUCCCAAUACACAAUUUCAACAAUAUGCCAUCAAAAGCAAACUGCCUCUUAAAAACAUGUAUAGUUAUUAUUAAUAAUAAAUGAUACCUGUAUAAAUGAGGGUCAGAACUUGACGUUGAUGCAUUAUGUUUUCUUGAAAGUUGACAAGUUGGGGAAAUACGAGCUGCUGUAACUCAGAUUUUUCUCUCAGGUAUAUAGUAAUAUAAGUAGAAGACUAACUGCUUAAUUACAUUUUUUUGUAAUUAAGUGCAAAGGUUUGUGUUUAUUAUUACCUCAGUUCAUGUUGAGAAAACUGGUGUCAUUUUAAUAAAAAUACAGUGGCUGCAUAUUUAUGUAUGGAUUGUUUUUAAAAUAUGUGAUUAACAAAAUCUCAAAUCA